GUUCGGAGGAGGCGACUGAAGGCAUCCCAUCUGGAGCCAAAGUGGGCAUUGCGGGCAAAGCUAGUCUGGACAGGCUGAAACUUCUGAUCGGACACUUAAAUCUAGGAAGAUGAAGGCAGUGUUGUUGGGUAGCCAAAGCAUGAUGUCUCCUCCAGAAAUCCUCCUGGCCAUUGCGCUUUUCUGCCUGCUCCUGGUUGCCAUCAAAUCCUUCCGGCAGCAGAUCCCUCCGGGGCUGAAGCAGCUCCCGGGACCGAGGGCAUACCCGCUGAUCGGCAAUGUCCUGGAGCUUCAGAAAGACCCUCACCUGGCCUUGACUCGGAUGAGGCAGAGAUACGGGGAUGUGAUGCAGAUCCAUCUCGGCACAAGGCCAGUGCUGGUCCUGAGUGGGCUUGAAACUAUCAAGCAAGCCCUGAUAAAGCAAGCAGAAGACUUCUCGGGGCGCCCUGACCUCUACAGCUUCAAGUACAUUGGGGAUGGCCAGAGCUUGACCUUUGGCAGGGAUUCAGGGGAAUUGUGGCGAGCGCGCAAGAAGCUGGCCCAGAAUGCCCUGAAGGCCUUCUCAGCUUCUGCCAACCCAACCUCCUCCACUUGUCUGUUGGAGGAGCAUGUCUCCAAAGAGGCAGACUACCUUGUCAUGAAGUUCCAGGAGCUGAUGGAUGAGAAAAAGAGCUUUGACCCCUACCGGUACCUGGUGGUCUCUGUGGCCAAUGUCAUCUGUGCCAUGUGCUUUGGGAAGCGUUAUAGCCACGAAGACCAGGAACUGCUCAGUAUGGUGAACCUGAACAAUGAGUUUGGGGCGGUUGCUGCUGCCGGGAACGUGGCAGACUUCAUCCCUGUCCUCCAGUAUGUUCCCAGCCGCACCAUGAAGGCCUUCAAGGACCUCAACCAGCGCUUCACCACAUUUGUGCUGAAGAUGGUUAAGGACCAUUACAUGAGCUUUGACAAGGAGAACAUCCGAGACAUUACUGACUCCCUGAUCAACCACUGCCAAGAUAAAAAAGUGGAUGAGAAUGCAAACAUCCAGCUUUCGGAUCAGAAGAUUGUCAAUAUCGUCAGUGAUCUUUUUGGAGCUGGUUUUGACACCGUCACCACUGCUCUCUCCUGGUCCCUCAUGUAUCUGGCGACGUUUCCAGAAAUCCAGAAGAAAAUGCAGGAAGAAAUAGACCAAACCAUUGGCAGAGAAAGGAAGCCCAGGCUCUCAGAUCGUUCCACGUUGCCCUACACAGAAGCUUUCAUCCUGGAAAUGUUUAGGCAUUCCUCCUUCAUGCCUUUCACAAUCCCUCACUGCACAACCAGAGACACAGCACUGAAUGGCUUCUACAUCCCAAAGGAUCUCUGCGUCUUCGUCAACCAGUGGCAAGUCAACCACGAUCCGAAGCUUUGGCGAGAUCCUUCCGCCUUCAACCCAGAACGGUUUCUCACAGCUGACGGGACGGGAGUAAACCGAGCAGAGAGCGAAAAAGUUCUGACAUUUGGUCUGGGCAAGAGGAGGUGCAUUGGAGAGAACGUUGGCAAGGGAGAAGUCUUCCUUUUCUUGACGACCCUCAUUCAGAAGCUGGAGCUGAGUAUGUGCAGCGAAAAGACAGUGGACUUAACCCCUCAGUAUGGACUCACAAUGAAACACAAGGAGUGUGAGCAUUUCCAGAUUAGACAGCGUUUCUAAGAACCAGUGGUGGAAUCUGGGAACAAAGAAAGAGUGGGACAACCGGGGAGGAGGGAUUCCUAUCCUGCCGUAUCUGUAGCUUGACUUAGGAGUGGGUUGGUCACCUAGGCUGAACUGUGGACUGGGGCUGUGUCAAAAUAAUAAAAGUGGGCAAAUUAUAUAGGUUGGGUAAUGGCACAAGGCACUGUAAUCAUUUUCAUUUAAGUGACUUGAAACGAAGUAUGUCCUAUAUGGGCUUGUAUGGCAUGGAAUAACUUCUCCGAUUUGACCAUAAUACUGUGGUGGCUUCGGUCGUACACUAAGACUUCACUGGAAGAGCCUUUCUAGGGUGCAUACAAGUAACAGAGGUUAUCAUGCUUGUUGUACAAACAUACAUUGGAUAGGCAUGUACAAACGCUGCUUCCUGAAGGCCUUGUUAAAAGGGGAAGUGGACUCACUUUUAUAAACCUUUACUACUAACAGAACAUUGUAACCAGAUAAUCACUUAUAUACAUGUACUAAUAGCAAACUCAGCCUCACACUGUGGAAACUCAGCCUCACACAUAGCAAAAUGGCACCAGCCAUGCCUAAGAUAAGAACUAGCAAGCUUGGGUUUGGGAUCAAGGGUUUGCAGAAAUAACACAAACUUUAGGAAAAUCCCUGAUGAAUCUACAGACAGACAAACGAGAACAGUGUCUGAUCAGCAAUCACAGAACUUUGAUAGUAUGUUGAAAAACUAGGAAGGAGAAACAAAGGGAACAUCUUUGAAAACAUCAGGAGUACUUUAAACUGCAACAUUAUUCUCAUAUACCGUAGUUAAGUAUUAUGAUGCUGUGCACUGGGAAACUCAAUACUAAAGAAAUUAAAUGUGAUGGUGGUAUAUACAGGAAAUCUGUUUAUGGGGCUAUCUAUAGAGAUAUAUGAGACGGAAAGGGGACUUGGUCCCAGAACAUCUCUACAUCUCUUGUCUUCCUUGAAAUCCCUUUUCCUCUGCAGGCACUUUUGAUGUGAAAACAGUAGUCUGAUCUGUCUGACUUCCCUUCGGUUGGGGGUGAGGACUAUGUGUUGCUGCCAAAUUCUAGGCAGGGAAUAUAUGUACAGUGCUGUGUAUAUUGAUGAUGUAUAAAUAAAAAUAGCUUU